CGGGGAGUAAAUAAAGCUUCAACAAAGUUCCGGAAAUUUCAGUUUUGAUUUUUUUUACGUUAAAUUUAAUUGAUUGGUGUCUUUGGUGACAGUUAGGUUACGUUCGCCACGACAUGGCUAGCAAGUCCAGCAGAUAUGAAAAGAUUGAAUUUCUUGGGGAAGGGCAGUUUGCUACUGUGUAUAAAGCUAAGGAUACGAAAGAUGACGACAGAAUCGUGGCCGUGAAGAAAAUUAAACUUGGAAACAGAGCUGAGGCAAAAGACGGGAUAAAUAGAACCGCACUGAGAGAGAUUAAGCUAUUACAGGAAUUACAUCAUGAAAAUAUAAUUGGGUUGUUGGAUGUAUUUGGACAGAAAUCAAAUAUUAGUUUAGUUUUUGAUUUCAUGGAAACAGAUUUAGAAGUUAUAAUUAAAGACAUGAGUAUUGUGCUAACUCAAGCUCAUAUUAAAUCUUAUAUGAUAAUGACACUGCAUGGGUUAGAAUACCUUCAUUCACUGUGGAUAUUACACCGAGAUUUGAAGCCAAAUAAUUUACUGUUUGAUUCGCACGGGGUUUUAAAGAUUGGUGAUUUCGGUCUCGCGAAGACAUUUGGAAGCCCAAGCCGUGAAUAUACGCAUCAGGUUGUAACACGGUGGUAUCGGAGUCCUGAGCUUCUAUUUGGGUCAAGGUUAUAUGGUGUGGGGGUUGACAUGUGGGCUGUAGGGUGUAUACUCGCUGAACUUCUACUAAGAGUCCCAUUUCUUCCCGGUGACUCCGAUUUAGAUCAAUUGAGUAAAAUAUUUGAAACACUGGGAACGCCCAGUGAUGCAGAAUGGCCUGGGAUGAAAGAUCUUCCGGAUUAUAUUUGUUUCAAGGAAUUCCCAGGCAUCCCACUUAGUCAAUGCUUUUCUGCCGCAAGAGAUGAUUUAUUAGAACUUAUAUCGGGGUUACUGAGGUACAACCCUGGACUGAGGGUAACUGCAGUUCAAGCUUUACAUUUCUCCUUCUUCACAAACCAGCCAUACCCAACAGCUUACCAGAAUCUACCUCUCCCAGCCUCAUGUUCUUCUGUAGCAAACAAACAACCAAAAGCAGUUGCUGGGACGAAACGAAAGCGCGACAAUGACACAGAUUCAAUGGCAGGCCUCGCUAAAAAACUUGUGUUCUGAAAUGAAUAGUCUUAAUAAUAAUAUCAUGAUACUGCUAAUGCUGCUAUAAUAAUAAUGUUAUAAGAUAUGCUGUGUUGCUGCUGGUUAAGUCGCAAUCAAUGUUAAACUAAGUUUCAAUAUUUCUAUAUAACGACUACAAGCUAAAAAAGUUCAAUUUAAAUUUGUUUGAAAUAAACUUUCUCUUUUUUUGGCAAACUAGAGUUACUAGAUUGUUUGAUGUCUUUAUGUUUUCUAUUUGUUUGGUAUCCCUAUGUUGAUUUUUAUUAGGCAGAAGCACAACUGUUGUGUGAAAAAGUGGCCCAGCUGGGGGCAACAUGGGCACAGCUGGGGGCAACAUGGGUCACAGCAAGGGGCAACAUGGGCUACAGCAACCGGCAUAACAGUUACAUCUUUUAUUUUAGGUGUAUCAAUGCUGUGCUUUUUUUCUAAAGCGAUUAUUUCAUGUGAAAAACAAUUCGUCCAAAAAAUCCCCUCCACCCUAAUAUGACUAAUAUAAGUAAUAUUUUUACUUUGUUAGAGGGAUCUUUCAACGUUAUAAAACUAUCUGUGCCAUCGUUUGUUUCUCCCACCCCUUCCUUAUUUAAUUACAUCAGGGUUGACUGAUAUUUACUUCCUGCA